ACUCUAAUUCCGAAAGUGAUGUCGUCUGUUGCAGUAGCCGCAGUAUUUACAUUCUGUUUCCUGUGUUUCAGACUCACUGUCAGCCAAACAAAAUUUACAAAGGAGCCUCCUAGUACCGUGUCUGCAGGUUUGGGAUCCAGUGCCAUAUUUUCGUGGGAUUUCAGUUUUGGAAACUUGGCUGACUGGAAUGAUUUCGAAAAAAUCGUAUGGGGGGAAACGGAUAAAAACGACCGGAUCCUGGAUAAUUACAUCACCAUUUGGAAAAGCGGAUCAGUAGAGAAAAACCCAAAACACGACAACUCAUUCAAAUCUAGAUUGAGCUGGGCCGGAAAUAUCAGUCAACAUGGCGGUCUGUUUGAUUUCAUCUUCAAGAAUGUUACAAAAUCAGAUGAAACUCGCACUUACGGUUGUACAGCGUAUGUGUCUGGGAGUGAUUACAGGAGUGGUCCCAUAAAACUGGCCGUUCUCUAUAAACCUUAUAUUAACAAGACAGGAACUACAGAUCCUCUCAUUAAAUCCUGGAUUAACCACACGACAACCUUAACGUGUGCAGUGGAUGCUAAUCCGUCUGCAAAUUUUACCUGGUUGAAACAUGGUCAACCACUGUUAGCCGGGGUUAACUUAACGCGUGGCAUGAGUACACUGACGCUGAUUCCAAAGACUAUGGGUGACUUUGGUUUGUACUCGUGUAAAGCUGAAAACGAGAAAGGGUCUAUGGUAUAUAAUAUUACAGUGGAGCGCCUCUACUCACCAGGGCCGCCUGUUAUAAACAAAUUUACCUCAGAUGUGCAGUCCGUCAAUGUGUCAUGGGAUGCGCCACAAGACGACACUGAUGGUGGUAUAUUUGAUUACAAAAUUACAAUACUUGAGGAAAACUACCGAAUGAUACAGCAGUAUCAUGGAAUCAAACAAACGUUCUUCAACUCUCAAAAUCUGAAACAAAACAGAUCUUAUAUCGUUUUCUUACAAGCAAGAAAUAUUGUAGGUUAUGGAGAGUCCGCAAAUGGCACUGUUAGAACGCUUAAGGCAGACCCACCAAACCCACCCGAUAUAAAAGCGAUAUCCGAAGUUCUUGCGUUAAACAUAACUUGGCACUCAUCAAUUGAGGACAGCAAAAUUGAAAUACUGGAUUACAGAAUAAAGGUUAUAGAUAGUAUCACACACAGACAAGAAAAUGAAUAUACCGGAAUAAGAAGUACAUCACUACUUAUUAAAAACUUAGGAGGAAACAGGACGUACAUUGUAUUCAUACAGGCAAGAAACGAAGCUGGCUACGGACAGUUUGCAAACACCAGCGCAACAACUCUUCUACCAGAAUUGUCAAGCAGCACUGUAGUAUCUCAGACGGAGUUACCUGUAAUAACACAAGAAUUAAAAGGAUCUAGCGCCGAGAGAAAAAGCGAAAAGGAUACGUUUGCUUACCUUCUUCCACUGUGGAUUAUCUUGCUGGCAUUCGCAGUGCCUAUAAUUUUUUUCCUGUCCUGGAAAGCAUCUAAAAAGAUCACUCGCUGCCGCGGUCAGAAAGUGACAGAUUUUGACGGAGAUUGUGAGCAAGGCAAUGCAUUCUCGCUGAGUAAAAUGGAAAAACUGAAGGAAAGAAGGAUUUCCAAACACUACGAGACUUUAAUAGAAGAUUUAGAAGGUCAUCGUAAUCAUGGUCACUGCAUGGAGGACGAAAGUGUCAUAGACAAUGGGAACCCUGUGACAGAUCACCAACAGAUCCCAGGAAGCAUUGGGACGUGUGAUCAGACUUACGAGAAACCAGACAGUCCUGGUUCAAAACAGGACUCCAUCGAUCUGACGAAAGAUGAUGCAAAACCCUUUGAGAACUUCCAAAUGGCGCUUAAAUGAAGACAAAGGCCAAUCCAGGCUCUUCGGAUGAUGAUCUGAUGCAGCAAUGAAACGUGCUCUGGAUGAAAUUCCAGUAUUCCUUGUCGACUUUUCUUAAACAGUACAUUUUUCUUCAAGUCAGCACCAAUCUUUUCAUAAUCAACAUUAAAUACAAUUUAGUACAAUUUACUAAACAUAAUGAGGAAAUUUAUUGGUUGUUUUUUGACGUAAAGGAAAUAAAUUAGUGGUAAAUAGCUGUGAAACUGCAAAAUUAGACGACUUUUUA